GCCAGGUGGCGCUGUUACCGGUCCCGCCGCUCGCACAGAGAGCGACGCUGCCAACAUGGCGGGCCAGGAAGACCCGGUGCAGAGGGAGAUCCACCAGGACUGGGCCAACCGAGAGUACAUCGAGGUGAUCACCAGCAGCAUCAAGAAGAUCGCGGACUUCCUGAACUCCUUCGACAUGUCCUGUCGCUCCCGCUUGGCCACCCUCAACGAGAAACUGACGGCACUGGAGAGGAGGAUUGAGUACAUCGAGGCCAGGGUGACGAAGGGAGAGACGUUGACUUAGGGCUCGUGGCUGAUGCUGAGCUCCCCGCAGAUCCUACACAGAAAUGGCUAGCGGAUUAAAUUUAUUUAUCUUUCCUUCCUUUUUUUUGCAUUUUUCACUCUGAAUUUUUGAGAUUAGUUUGAAUGGGACCACUGGUGUCUGUGCAACAAAAGUUAUUUUUUCUCCCCAGGGUGUCUUAUAAGCGACACAGAACAAGAGCAUAGUCGUGCACUGAUUCGUUUUGAUACAAUUUUUUAUUAAAUGUUGAAGUUAAUAAACACAAAUGUGUUUAUUAUUUUUAACAACUUUUAGCCAGUCUGGGGAAAUUGUGAUUGCAGAUGGUGCAGUGGACUGUUUCACUUUAUUUGCCAUCAGUUAUGUGCAUAGGAUGAAAAAGUUUGUUUAAUGCUGAUAUUGAAAAAAAGGUUUUUCCACCCCCCCCCCCCCCCCAAAG